GCCUGUCAGAUAGGUGCUUCAGUGUUGGAGGCUAGGCUACCCUCCUCCCGGACCACAUACAAGAGCCAGCCGCCGUCGUACCCCAAGGCUUGGACUCCCCCACUCACGGUUUCAACCAUGGCAGCCACUGUGGUUACUUCCACCCGGUUUACCGACGAGUACCAGCUGUACGAGGAGCUCGGGAAGGGAGCUUUUUCAGUGGUGCGUAGGUGUGUAAAGAAGUCAUCAGGACAGGAAUAUGCUGCAAAAAUCAUCAACACUAAGAAGCUGUCUGCAAGAGACCAUCAGAAGCUGGAGAGAGAGGCUCGUAUCUGUCGUCUGCUGAAGCACCCCAACAUCGUGAGACUCCAUGACAGCAUUUCAGAGGAAGGCUUUCAUUACCUCGUCUUUGACCUGGUGACAGGAGGAGAACUUUUUGAAGACAUUGUAGCCAGGGAGUACUACAGUGAGGCUGAUGCCAGUCAUUGCAUUAAUCAGAUCUUGGAGAGUGUCAAUCAUAUCCACCAGCAUGAUAUUGUGCACAGAGACCUCAAGCCUGAGAACCUGUUGUUGGCCAGUAAGAUGAAGGGAGCUGCAGUGAAGCUGGCAGACUUUGGCCUUGCUAUUGAAGUGCAAGGAGACCAGCAGGCUUGGUUUGGGUUUGCGGGCACCCCUGGCUAUCUCUCCCCCGAAGUCCUGAGGAAGGACCCCUACGGCAAGCCUGUGGACAUUUGGGCUUGCGGUGUUAUUCUCUAUAUCUUGUUAGUGGGAUAUCCUCCUUUCUGGGAUGAAGAUCAACACAAACUCUAUCAGCAGAUCAAAGCUGGGGCAUACGAUUUCCCAUCCCCUGAGUGGGACACAGUGACUCCAGAGGCAAAAAACCUGAUCAACCAGAUGUUGACCAUUAACCCAGCCAAGAGAAUCACUUCCGACCAGGCCCUCAAACACCCCUGGAUCUGCCACCGUUCUACAGUGGCAUCUAUGAUGCACAGACAGGAAACUGUCGAGUGUCUCCGCAAGUUCAACGCUCGUCGAAAACUUAAGGGAGCCAUUCUCACCACAAUGCUGGUGUCCAGAAACUUCUCAGUGGGCCGGCAGCAUACCAACUCUGCUGCUGCCGCCUCCUCCACGGCCUCACUGGCUCAGGAAGCAUGCAAAAGUUUACUCAACAAGAAAUCGGAUUCUGCUAAGCCUUCUACCAACAACAGUAAGAACAGUAUAGUGAGCGCCAUCAAUGCCAUGAAAGACACCAACAUGGCAACCAACGCCCAGAUGGAGUCUCAGAGCCCCGUGGUGCACAACCCUCCUGAUGGAGUCAAGGGCUCAACAGAGAGCAACACCACCAACGACGAGGAGGAAAUGAAAGCGGACAGUUCGGUGCUGAGUCAGAGCAGCGCCACAGAGGAGAUGCCCCCACUUCUGCCCUCAUCUCAAAGCUCACCCGCCAUUCCACCGCAUGAAGUAAAGCGCAUGGCAUGGGACAGCACGGGCAACAGCUCCUGCCCUGACUCUGAGUUCUCUCAGUCCUCCAUGCCUGCCGCUCCACUAGGGAGCACCACUAAGCAGACUCGUAAACAGGAGAUCAUCAAGAUCACGGAGCAGCUGAUUGAAGCGAUCAACAACGGAGAUUUUGACGCUUACACGAGGAUUUGUGAUCCUGGACUCACCUCUUUUGAACCCGAGGCCCUGGGCAACCUGGUGGAGGGCAUGGACUUUCACAAGUUCUACUUUGAAAACUUGCUAAGCAAGAACAGCAAGCCGGUGCACACCACUCUGCUCAACCCCCACGUGCACCUGAUCGGCGAGGAGGCCGCGUGCAUCGCCUACAUCCGGCUCACUCAGUUUGUGGACACCACGGGCCGCCCUCGCUCCAGCCAAUCGGAGGAGACCAGGGUGUGGCAUCGCCGCGAGGGCAAGUGGCUCAAUGUUCACUUCCACUGCUCUGGAGCUCCUGCUGCACCACUCCAGUGAUCAGUGGCCCUGAGCCUCCAGUCUACUGGAGUGUGUGUUUUGGGGGGCAGUUUUUUUCAGCGAGCGUGUUUAAGAGGCACGUCCGCCGCGUGGAGUGGCUCGUGCCAGGAGCCCGGCCGGGCAAGAUCGCAUCCCUCUCCACGAUACCAACCAAUCCUGUCCCCCCUUUGACCUGCUGGGGGCCGGCUGAACACAAGACACCGCCCCCAUGGGAUGAUGCAUGCAUCUGGCGCCUGAUUGGAGGGCGAGUCUUUGCCCUCUAUCCCUCCCCAUGGCAGCCAUCUUUUUUCUGCCCGCGCGACAUGAGACGUCCUGCGUGAGGAGAGGAUUUACAGUUGAACUUGUGACGGUUUAUGAGUAUGAGUUAUGAAUAUGCUGUGUAAAUUAUGACUAGAUGUACCAGAAGCCACCAAAACCCAACCAAGCAUUUAUAUUCACCAUCUAAUAAGGGAGGAACCGGAGGGAGUGUGAGGUUAGCGGCUGAGAUUUUGGACAUUCUAGGGAUUACCGGGUAGAAAGUGUUGAGCUCGUUUCCCGGACGUUGAUGUAAAGAUGUAGGGAGAUUUUCCCCAUCUGAAUCCUAGAGGGGGGGUCAAGUCUGCUCAGUCAGAACUUGAUGACGAGAGAAACUUGAUAUCAAAAACCUGAAGCACCAAAGUGUAGAACUUUAGGCUUUUUAUGUGUUUUGUUUGUUUCCCGAACAAACGGAAGAGUGUGUCGGGCCGGUGUUUUUAUUUGUGUUCCGUGUUUCUGUUGUUUUAACGUCCUUGUUUGUUUCUGUGAAUGACCGAAGCCUUUUUUUAUUUUAUUUUUGUGGGGGGGGGGGGGGGGGGUCUGACUGAUCCUCUAUUCAAGGCUUCUUUUUAAAGCAACCGAGUAUAAAAAAAGAAGAAGAAAAAAGGGGGUGGGGGGCGGGAUUUAAUUGUGCAAGUUUAAAUCUAACGCGUGAACACGUUCUGUUGUCUGUAUGCCGUGGCGGGAGAGGCGUCUGCGUUUUGCAUGUUUGCCCGCCCCCUCUCCCUCAUUCAUCCCUCCCCACCCUCUCCUUUGUUCUCCCUCUUAAACUAUCCCCUCGUUUAACCCUCCCACUCCUUUUCUCUGCUUUCUGCAAGGGCCUGGUUUGUUUAUAAUCACUGUGUCAAUACAGUGUAUGUAUAGAUAUAUGUAGAAAAGUGUAAUAUAUGUACAUGUAUCUAAGAGACACUCAUCCUGUGCAUCUGGGAACCACCCCAUGACCUCUGUGACCCCGGUCUAGUUUAGGUUUUCCUCAACAAUUUUAAUUUUUGUUUGAAUUCUCCUCCUGAAGGUAAUUCCUUAAAAUAUUGGUAGCUCUCCGUCAUUGAAGGAAAAACACGAGUAAGCCCUCGUGUGGGCUACCAGAUUUAGUCCUGUGGCCGUAAGACUGUUUUUAGAGACGGGGAAUAAAAUUAACAGGUUUUAAAUAGAUUUACCCCCCUUUUUUUUUUUUUUUUUUUUUAAGAAUUGAUUUUAAACAUGAAGACCUUCAUCGUAGUGUUCUUAACUCCUGAUCCCACAAUGCUGUGAGCCGUCUCUUUAUAUCAUAUGCGCAGACACACAUACAGAGACACACACACACACACACACACACACGUGCGCGCCUGGUGGUGUGUUUAGGCUUUGUGACAUAUCUGCACCACUGCUGUGUGACCGAGGUGCCGCCCUUGCUGUGCUGCUUAAUUGUCUCCAUCCAUUCGCGACAGUCGUAUCUUAACCCCCCCCCCCCCGUGUACCAACCCGCUCUUGAGAUGUUUAUUUGUACCUCUCUCUGUUGUUUCUCGUUUCCCGUGUUACUGGUUUGAGUUUUUUCGUUGUCGCUGUUGACUUGUCGUUUGGUGAUUUGCCGAUCUGCCAAGCUGGAGUUCUGCACUCUCCCUCGUACAGGAAAAAGUAGGGAAAAGAGGGAGGAAGUAAAAACAACACAAAUUACAGAUUGACUGAUCAUGGAUUGAUCGAGACUAAAUUAUUCAUAACGGUAAUCUACCCACGAGGGUGUAAAUCGUGCCUGCUCAGUUGAGAGGAGUUUGAGUUGGUGUGUGUGUGUGUGUGUGACCUCCACUGGUGAGCGGGAGACUAGUUAUAUGCAUGUUUCAGUUACACAUUUCUACCAUGUACCUACCUGAAUACAGAUGGAGCCUAGUGUUAAUAUAUGAUAUUUGCAUCUUUUGAAUUAAGAAUAUCCUCCAUCCAGAAUGUUGAAUCGGUGACAUGAAAACUAUAUUUAAAAUAACGCCAAAAAAAAAAAAAAAAGGAUUCAGGAGCCGUAGCUUGGUAUGAGGCCCUCGAUGUUCUCGUUUUCCCUGCGUUGUAAUGAUAUAUUAUUGGGCUGCGCUUUCUCCCCCAGCCUUCACGUGGAUGCUGGAGUUUUUUUGCAUGAUCAUGAUGUACAAUGAAAUACAACCAUGAAUUGACGACUAUCAAGUGUUUGUCUGAGUGUUAGUUGGUCUUCAUCAUAGCUUUGUUAUUCUUCAAAAAUUGGAUCUUAAUAAGUAUUUAAUAAAAAUACUAUUUCAGCACUG